AUCUCCUCUCACUCUAAGCUUAUUUUCGUAUAAAUUAUAGUAUAGUCAUAUUCUUUUAGGACAGAACCCACCGAAAGAAAGCUCCAAACCCAACAAAAAGGGAGGCGGCGGAGAAGCAAACAACAGCAACAAAAAAAUGCAGCCAGAGGUUUCAGAUCAAAUAUUUUAUGCCUUCCUCACCGGAGGAUUAUGUGCCUCGUCUACUUCCACCACCGUGACGUCGUCGUCUGACCCUUUUGCCACGGUUUAUGAAGACAAAGCUCUUGCUUCUCUGAGGAACCAUAAAGAGGCUGAGCGAAAGAGAAGAGCAAGAAUCAAUUCCCAUCUCAACAAGCUCCGCAAGUUACUCUCUUGUAACUCCAAGACAGACAAAUCCACACUACUAGCAAAAGUGGUUCAACGAGUCAAAGAACUAAAACAACAAACCCUAGAAAUCACCGACGAAACAAUACCGUCGGAGACUGACGAAAUCAGUGUACUCAACAUUGAGGACUGUUCCAGAGGCGACGAUCGACGGAUAAUCUUUAAGGUAUCGUUUUGCUGCGAGGACCGGCCAGAGCUCUUGAAAGAUCUCAUGGAGACACUCAAAUCUCUUCAGAUGGAAACUCUCUUUGCCGACAUGACAACAGUCGGUGGUCGAACAAGAAACGUUCUCGUUGUGGCCGCUGACAAAGAGCAUCACGGCGUCCAGUCGGUGAAUUUUCUACAGAACGCACUCAAGUCUUUACUCGAACGGUCAAGCAAGUCGGUGAUGGUGGGACAUGGUGGUGGUGGUGGGGAAGAAAGGUUAAAACGACGUCGUGCGCUGGAUCACAUCAUAAUGGUCUGAUCUCGAUAUGACUUGAGCAAUUAUUUAGGGUUUAACUUUAUUAUAUAAUUAAUUAACGUGAGUAUAAUUACCACAAAUCUUUUGUUUUUUUUCUCAAAAAAAAAGAAGACUUUAUAUGGGUUUAGUUAUAAGUUUGAGUAAUGGGUGUAAACAUGUGUUGUAACUUGUAAGUAGGAAUUUGUGUGUUCUUUUCCGAUUCUUUUAGAAGAAAAUACAAAAAAAGAAAAGGAAACUAUAAUUUUGUACAAGUUAAAUCAAAUUUUAGGGGUACGUAAAGUAUAGGGUGAUGACGAAGAUUAU